AUGAAACAAAUUUCCAAUUUGAAAAAGCUUGAAAAAAUUGCUCCAUCAUCAACAUCGGAAUCAUCACAUUCAUUACUGAAAUCCAAGAAGACAUAUUCAAAAAAUGUUUCCUCCGCAAUACCUCAAGAAAAGUUUCAAAAUUUUAUAAUACCCUCUCGAUUCCGAGAAGGAGAAGAAUAUGUACUCACUCAUCAAAAAAGAGAAGAUGAUUCAAUUUAUACAUUUAGACACGUUAUACCGUACAUACAUGUCUAUGAUCAGAGUGUAGAAAAUUAUGAAGGGAGAAUGAUUGGAAAGCCUUUCAAAGAGGCUUAUUGCUCCGAGUAUGGUAUUGAUGAAAAUACUUUUUCUCGAAUGUGCAUCAUGGGAGUCAUCACACUAAACCAUCAACCAAUUCUUACACGACAAAAACAAUUCCAAAAGUUGAAAGAGGGGGAUUCUUUUCAAGUUAAAGAUAUUCGUAUGGAUAGACCCGUUAAACAUUUUGAUCAAUUAGAAAUUAUUUAUGAAAACGAGGAUUUUGUGGUUGUCACAAAACCAGAUGGAGUAUGUGUACAUCCAAUUCGGAGAUAUCACAAAAACUCUCUGUUUUAUAUGAUGGAACAUGAGUACGAUCAACAUUUUGGAAAUAAUUUACAUUGUAAAACCAUUCAUAGAUUAGAUCGACAAACAAGUGGCGUAUUAAUUGUUGGAAAAACACCAAAAGGAGUGAAUCUAUUUCAAAAGCAAUUCAAAGGACAACAUAUCAACAAGCAAUAUAUUGCAAAAGUUCAUGGCAUCAUUCAUGAAAAUUCAGUUUUUGAAAUUAACGAUCCAAUUGUGUGUAUUCAACCAUGGGAUGGACUCUACAAAUCAAUACCGAAUCGAGAGAAGGAGUUAGAGUAUCGUGAGCUCUGUAAAAAGAAUCGUGUCAAUUUUGAACCUAAAUCUUCCAUAACGAAAUUUCAAGUAUUGCUUCGAAAUGAACAAGAAAACACAACGACGUUAUUAUGCACUCCCAUUACAGGGAGAACUCAUCAGAUUCGAGAACAUCUUUCGGGACAAGGAUUUCCUAUCAUUGGAGAAGAAGUAAGCAUGACAAAGAUUGAUCCAGAAUACUCUGAAAAACGCAUCGAUACAGGAACAGAAAUAUGGAAAUACAAACUAGAUUUAUUUGAGAAGUAUGGACUUGACUCUCCACAAGUGGCCAUGCAAGCAUUACAGGAUACAGUGUAUGGGCGUUCUUUUUCAAUUCCACAAGAUCUCUGUUUGUUUUCGUUCAGAUAUCAGGUAGGACCAUUUGAUUUCCAGAGCUCACUAUUUGCUCCAGAAUUUUUGAAAAGGGAUUGGAAUGAGAUUUGUCACAUUUUGAAACGACCAAACAAGAAAAGGUAA